GAGGGCGCAACUCGGCCCACACAGCGGGUCACCAUGCAAACACUGCAUUCUAUAGUCGCAGUGACGAUUGCCGUUGCCUCCGUGGUUCAACAAGCUCUUGGACAGUAACGGCGACCACACCUAGUCAGAGGAUCGGCAACAUGGCCCUGUCUACCGUCAGCUACGAUCUGGAUGUUGAAGCCAUCUCUGGCAUAUGUGGCUCAAUCUCAAUCGCCUGCUGGGUCGUGGUCUUUUCGCCUCAGAUCAUUGAGAACUUCCGACGCAGCUCAGCCGAAGGCCUAUCGGUUGAAUUUGUCAUCAUCUGGCUGUUAGGAGAUGUCUUCAACAUUCUUGGAGCGGUUCUGCAGGGCGUGCUGCCUACUAUGAUCAUCCUGGCAAUCUACUACACCUUCGCAGACGUGGUCUUGCUGGGACAAUGCUUCUACUACCGCGGAUUCACCCUUCGGGACCCGAAGCCCGAGCCUGUGACUUCAACAAAUGGCCUUCCAAACGAGCGGACACCGCUGGUACAGAAUGGUCAUAUGCCGGACUGGUCUAUGCCCCAGCGCCCUCCAACCGCCUCUGACAUUGAGCCUACUUCACGCCACCGCUCUCGCUCGCCACUGAUGGAACGUUUCGCUAGCCUGGACGGAACACAUAUGUCACCCGCAGUCCCCAUGCAUAAGCAACCAAAGCAAGCCAACGACCUCGAAGCCAUGAAACCAAAACCGUCACGCACAUGGCUGCAAGCAUGUCUCUUCAACGGCACCGCAAUCAUUCUUGUCAUCGCUGCCGGAGUGGCAGGCUACUACCUUAGCCCAUCCUCUCCAAGCCCAGACCGCCACCAGCAGACCGAGGCGGAUGAGCAAGCCGAAAGCCUUCACUUCUCGUUAUGGGGCCAGAUCUUCGGGUACAUCUGCGCCAUACUGUACCUGGGCAGCCGUAUCCCGCAACUCCUACUCAAUUAUCGCCGGAAAAGCACAGACGGGCUAAAUGUGCUGUUCUUCCUGUUCGCUUGCUUCGGUAACCUGACGUUUGUGCUCAGCAUCUUCGCUUUCGAGCCGAUCUGCAGCAAAUAUUCGCACGGCCACUGGCAUAGGUCCAGCUGUCGGCCGGGUCAAGCUAGCGAGAUAUACGGCAGGUAUAUCUUGGUGAAUGCCAGCUGGCUUAUAGGCAGCUUGGGGACGCUGUUUCUCGAUGGAGGCGUCUUCGUGCAAUUUUGGAUGUACAGAGGCAAUGUACCGAGUGAUAGCGGGCAGCGUACUGCUGUGGCGGGAGAAGCGAGAGGACGGGAGGCGGACCAAAGAUAGUCUUAAUAGUAUCUCCAAAAGUUACGCGCGACUGUUGCCGCAAAUGUGAUUGGCUAACCUUCAUUGAUCCUGUCGAAUAGCUAAACAUGCAUGCGUACAUUGUCCGCAACAGCAACGGCGUGCCUUCACCGACGCCUAGUCGCCGUCUGCAAUAUCCUGAAGGUACUACGCAGAGCACGGCAGUCGAAUUCGCUCUUUAUGCUGCCAUGUGUGGCUUUGUGUGCUUGAAAUCAGCCCUUUUCCUUCCAUGACCGCAUUGACCAGUUCGACUCCAUGACCACUGGGUCAACGCAUAUGACACUAACAUCGCAUGGUCUC